GAUCUACAGCUAGAAUAUGGUCAUGGUCCUCAAUGUGGCUACUUCUUGGGUGCAAAUAAGAGUCUCUUAAAAUCAGUUGAAGAAGAACUGCAUCAGCGGGGACAUGUGGCACAUUUAGAAGAUGAUGAUGAUGCAGACGAUGAUGCUAAACAUGCUACUAUGAAACCUAAAGUGCCACCUCCUUUACCACCAAAGCCUAAAUCCAUCUUUAUCCCCCAAGAAACUCAUUCUUCUGAAAAUGAUAAUCAAGGGACAAUCAAGAGAUGCCCAACAUCAGAGAGUCCAGCAAAAUCUGCAUCUCAGGUUCCGCCCAGACCUCCACCUCCUCGAUUACCUCCACAGAAAUCUAAUGCUUUAGGUAAUGGAGUCGCUUCUGUACAAUUAAAUGGUGAAAGAGAGGGAUCACCGCAUCAACAGAAUGAAGCUAGAGACACUAAUUUUUCAAGGAAAGAAAAGAAGGAAAUACUGAAACCAAUUAGUAAUGGCCUUCCUCCCACACCUAAAGUACACAUGGGUGCUUGCUUUUCAAAGGUUUUCAAUGGCUGUCCAUUAAAAAUUCAUUGUGCAACAUCAUGGAUAAAUCCAGAUACAAGAGAUCAGUACUUGAUAUUUGGUGCAGAAGAAGGUAUUUACACACUGAACCUCAAUGAACUUCAUGAAACAUCAAUGGAGCAGCUAUUUCCUCGAAGGUGUACAUGGUUAUAUGUCAUGAACAAUUGCUUGUUAUCAAUAUCUGGUAAAGCUUCUCAGCUUUAUUCCCAUAAUCUACCAGGACUGUUUGAUUAUGCAAGGCAAAUGCAAAAGUUACCAGUUGCUAUUCCAGCACAUAAACUCCCUGACCGAAUACUUCCCAGGAAGUUUGCAGUGUCUACAAAAAUUCCUGACACUAAAUGGUGUCAGAAGUGUUGUGUUGUGAGGAAUCCCUACACAGGCCACAAGUACCUUUGUGGAGCCCUACAGUCUAGCAUUGUUUUGUUAGAAUGGGUUGAACCAAUGCAAAAAUUUAUGUUAAUCAAGCACAUAGAUUUUCCUGUACCUUGUCCGCUGAGAUUGUUUGAAAUGCUGGUAGUCCCUGAGCAAGAAUUUCCUUUAGUUUGUGUCGGCGUCAGUAGAGGAAGAGACUUCAACCAAGUGGUGAAGUUUGAGACUGUCAACCCAAAUUCUACCUCUUCAUGGUUUACAGAAACAGACACUACAGAGACAAGUGUUGUACAUGUAACACAGCUGGAGAGAGAUACCAUUUUGGUGUGUUUGGAUUGCUGCAUAAAAAUAGUGAAUCUGCAAGGCAGGUUAAAAUCCAGCCGCAAACUGUCAUCAGAGCUCACGUUUGACUUCCAGAUUGAAUCAAUAGUCUGCCUACAAGAUAGUGUGUUAGCGUUCUGGAAGCAUGGCAUGCAAGGAAGGAGUUUUAGAUCAAAUGAGAUCACACAAGAAAUUUCUGAUAAUACAAGGAUAUUCAGGCUUCUGGGAUCUGACAGGGUUGUGGUGCUGGAGAGUAGGCCGACAGAUAACCCAACAGCCAACAGCAAUUUGUAUAUCCUGGCAGGGCAUGAGAACAGUUACUGAGAACAGUGGACGGCAGGCAGCUCACCAUGACAAGAGAACACUCCUGCACUUCAUGGCUGGCUGAAAUUGCACAAAAGCUGCAGUAACCCAACUUCAGUUACUUUAUAAUUUAUUGUGGCGUAAGAGGAAGAUGAGAAUUGUUUGUGGUAUGGACACAUAAGCAUUAUGAUACCACAGAAGUGCUUAAUUUACUGUUAUGUAAUCUUUGUACAUAUGCAGUAUUUUUCAGUGAAACUUCUUGCUGAAGACCUACACUGACUUUAUGUAGAUAGCAGUCCUCUUGUUAAGUACAAGUGUUUUACCUGUACAGAUGUAAAAGUCAUUGAGGAUGCAAAAAUGAAAUUGGGGUACUAUUUUGAGGACUUCUCGUGUGUUUAUUAUAAAGCGGGAUGCUAGCAACAAAUAUAGUACAUUUAACAACACUAUUGUAUUUUAUUAUAUGUAAUUUACUAAUACAAAUAAAUCUUAACUUUUAGAAAUUGUAACCAAGGCUGUAAUCAGAUUACAAUCUUGUUUUAAUUUUGAUGCAACACACUGGUGUUCAUGUUUGCACAAUGUACUGAGAUGUGAUGUAUUUAGUCACAAAGGUAAGCUGUGACUUUGUGGAUAUGACUUGGGCUUCAAAGUUCCUUUUUUUUUUUUAGUUUACUUGGGUAGUUUUUCUUUGUGAAACAAACCAGUUAAAUACCUGUAUUUUUAUAUUUAAUUAAAACUCUCCUUAUGAUUACUUCUCUAUGCUUGAAAACAAUACUUUCUGGAUGGGUGUCAGUCCCAGACUAGUGGUACCUGGCUUUAACACUGCAAUAGGUGUUUGAAUUAUUAGUGUAUACAAUGAUAAAAAUUAGUAUUACUGUUUGUCUUACUAAAUAGUUUCACAUCACAAUGAAAAGGAGCGACGUUCCACAUUGUGGAAGUGGCUCAAAGAUGUUGCCAUUUUGACUUUUUUUUGGCCUUAUAACCAUUUUCACACUUUUCUUGAUUUAUGAUGUUAACACAUGGCCAAAAUAAUUUAGUUACUACCUCAUUCAAACAAUACAAUGGUUACUACGCAUCACAGGAACUUGGUUUUGAUCAGAAGUAUUUUUGAUUGCGACUUUCCAAUGGAGUAUGUAAAUGCCAAGUUUUAGCAAAAUGCACACAUUUGACUCCUUUUUUUGUAUAUGUUCUUUAUAUUUUAUUGUGAUAAUAUACACUAAAAACCAAACUAAAUUUAAAGUGAUUUAUGGCCUGCAUUAUUGUUGUGAUUGGUAAUGCUUUGAAAUAUGUUCCCUAAUGUAUAUAAUGUAAAAUAAACUUUUUUAACAUGUUGUUGUACAAUUAGAUUACCACCUGCACUAAUUUUCCACUUAAGACUAAAAUGGAACACACUGAGUUUUGAAUUCUACUAUUAAAUGUU